GCUCGCAGUCUGCUGCGGUCACUCUAUUUGAACGGAACGAAUUAUUUAUCGCGGAUUGUCGCGUUGUUUCGUUUGUGUCGCGCCUCAAUCAAAUUCACCUUAAAAAUUAACACUCAAAUAGUAGAUUACUAAUUCUGUGCGGUGUUAUCAAAAAUAACGGGAUUAAUUCGUUACGAACGCCUACGCCAGUCGCUCUUCCUCUUUUUCUACUGCGCGCGUCGCUUAUUUUUACCUGCAGCGCAGUCGCGACAGCUGAAAAUUAAUAAAACGAAGAGAAAAAGUGUAAAUUGGUUCACAAAAAUACAAAAAAAAGUCCAUGCGAUCGAUCGCCAGUUGUUGUAUAUAUCAACAACAACAAAGCAAACCAGUUAUUAGAUGUUUUUGUGAAUAGUGUAAAUCAAAUUCUCGGCUCAUACCUGCACACACAACAAAUACAUUCCCGUAGUUCCUAUUCAGAUCCGAUCAGGUUCUCCGACUCGCAGAUCAUAAGAAAAUAUGCAAAAUUAAGCGGAGAGGAAAUCGUGGAGUGCGGAUAGUGUCGUCCAAGCGGGGAAAAUAAUAAUAGUUAACAGUAAUAUCCUGUUGUGUAAAUAAAAGGCUUAUACAUACAUACACACACACUCGCAGAAGUAACAAAGGAGGAAAAAGCGGCAAGAUGAAUAAAACCUGUGCCCGUUGCCAAAAGGUGGUUUACCCCAUCGAGGAGCUCAAGUGCCUGGACAAAACAUGGCACAAAACGUGUUUCAAAUGCACAGAAUGCGGCAUGACGCUCAAUAUGAAAACCUACAAGGGCUACAACAAAAUGCCCUACUGCGAGGCACACAUCCCGAAGGCCAAGGCAACGGCCAUUGCAGAUACGCCCGAACUGAAGCGCAUCGCCGAGAACACAAAAAUCCAGUCGAACGUUAAGUACCACGCGGACUUUGAGAAGGCCAAGGGCAAAUUUACACAGGUGGCCGAUGACCCGGAAACGCUGAGGAUCAAACAGAACACGAAGCACAUAUCGAAUGUGGCAUAUCACGGGGAUCUGGAGAAGAAGGCGGCCAUGGAGAAGCAGCGAGGAUCCGCCGAGGUCUCCGACAGCAGCAAUGAAUCGGAAUACUUCUCAGAGCAAUUGGCAGCUGAACAAUUCUCGCAAUAUGCACCCACAGCCUCACCCAUUCCGCCAGCAACGACAACACUACACCAGCAACAUCAGCAACAACAGCAACAACUGCAACACCAACAGCAGCAGCAGCAGCAGCAGUACCAGCAACAUCAGCAGCAACUGCAGCAGCAACAACACCAACACCAACACUAUCUGCAACAGCAGCAACAGACCCUGCCACCGCCACCCAUACAACACCAGCAAUACAACACAGCGGCCAUAACGCCCACAUACCAACAACUCCAACAGCAACAGCAGCAUCAGCAGCAACAACAGCAGCAGCGGGCACAGCAGCAGCAACUGCACGAUCCCUAUGCACACUACCAGCAACCGCAGGCGCUGCGCCAGCAGCAGCAGCAACAACAGCAGCAACAGCAGCAGCUGCUGCAACAGCAAGCCAUUAAACAAGCCUCACAUCUGUAUCCCACAGCAACAUCCCAGCAGCAACAGAUGCCGCCACCACAGUCGCCAGCGAAUCCGCAGCAGCAGGCGCUCAACAGCUACAAUGAGAUGCGCUCGGCCAUACUCCAGAACUCGCAUCAUCCCAGCGGCAAUUCCGUGGAUCAGUACGACCAGGCACAGCAGCAGCAGCAGCAGCAGACCACCAACCCCACGCUGGUGGCUGCCCCACAGCAGCAAUCGCACCACAGCCUGCUGAACAACAAUGCCAGCAACGGCGGCAUUUCGCACAGCCACCACAGCAACAUCAACAAUAAUGGGCACGGCUCCCAGACCCAUAUGUUGCCACCACAAAUGAGGCGCUCGGCAACCAAUGUCGCCUACGAUGGCAACGGCAAGCAACAAGUGGCCGCCGGUCCAGGAGCAGGAGCUGGCCAGAAUCACGUGCAGCAAUUGUACGCAUCUCCCAAUUACGCCGCUGUGACUCCUUCGGAGAAUUCAAUAAACGUUAAGCAGCACGCCAGCAAUGGCCAUGUGCCAAGCCAGCAGCAACAGCAACAGCAUGUGGCAGGCGGCAGCAAUAUCGGAAAGAUAGCGGACUAUGAUCCGCUGACGGAUGGACCAAGGGUGGUGCCCAAUGCCGGCCGGUCCAGCACAACGUUGGUCUACAGCUCCGAGCCACGGGGCACUCAGGGUGGCAACAGCGUGUACCCCAAGCGGAUUGGCUCCGUUUCCGAUAUUGAUCCGGCCAAUGGCAUCUACGGAUCGCUUACCGCCGCCGAUCAGGCUCACCAGCAGCAGAAGCACCAGCAAUACUACCAACAGGUGCAGAUGAUGCAGCAGCAGGAGCAUCCGCCGCAGCAACAGCAGAUGCGCCAGCAGGCAUCCUACUCCUCCGUUCAGGAAAAACAGUCGCGACAGAGCUCUGCAAUGCGCGUCUAUCGGGCCAUCUACGACUAUGAGGCGCAGGACGUCGACGAGGUCAGCUUCCGCGAAGGCGACGUCAUCUUCGAGGUGGAGUCAAUCGAUUCAGGCUGGAUGACCGGACGGGUGGAGCGUACCGGCAAGACCGGCAUGCUGCCCGCCAACUAUGUGGAGCAGGCGGUUAUAUAAUAGGGAAUGUUUUACUACUGCUGCUGCCGCCAGCAGUUUGUGGUGAUCCUCAUCUGCCUGCUCUACAUCCUGCUCGUGCUCGCCUUCUUCGUCAACGUUUUUAUCGCGGAUCGCAACAUGCACGCGAAUCUAAUGAUGAGGAACGGACGGCACGGGGUUCACGGCGGAGGUGGAGGAGUCCCUCCGCCAGCAGGCAUGCAUCCGGGUCACCACAAUCCGUACGACAUGCAUGGCUACAACCACUACAGCAACUACCACCCGCAAGUGGAUUCCAAGCAGCAGCAGGAGUUGGCCAAGAAGACGCCGCAGCAGCAGGCCGAGCAGGACAUUUACUACUAUUUCAAUCACGUAUUCAGGCGGCGCCGGCGAUGAUGGGAGUCACACACCCCAACCAACACCCAAAAUUUAAAUCUUUAGUGCAUUAACUUAUACUGCAUCCACUACAUACAUAGAUAUAUAAAUACUAUAUAUAGCAAAGCAGCGGAUUAUGUAAAAAGAGAAGGGAAAUUAAUUAAUUAAUUUUAAAUUUAUUAGUAAUCCAACCAAGAACCAACAAUCCGAUAUGCAUCUUAUUAAAUAAACAGCCACAGCAGAGUUAUGAGAAA